AUGAAAAAAAUUUCAGAUUUUUACGCUUAUUCUAAAGAUAGAUCAACAACAGUUUUUAAUUUAAGGAGAAAAGUAGAAAUUAAUAAAAAAAAGGAUGAAAGUUGUUGGUUGAAAAAGUUAUAUUAUGAUUUUGGGAAAACAAAGAAAGAUACUUUUGAAUAUAUAACUGAAAAAAAAAGACAAUGGAAAAUUAAAUUUAGUAGUUUAAAAUUCCCCUAUUUUAAGUUUAAUAAUUCAAAAUAUGGAAAUUUUCCAUGGUAUAAAAAAUUAUAUUAUUUAAUAAGAGAUCAAAUUUAUAAUUUAUUGAAUAUUACUGAUGGUAAAAUAGAAGAAAAAAUUGAACACAGUAUAAAUGAAAAUAAAAUACCCAGAGAGUUUGCUAGUGAAGAAAAGUUUGAUAAUAAAUCAAAACAAAUACAAAAAAAUUCCAAUGAUUCUAUGUUUUACAAAUAUAGUAAAAAGUUAAAAAAAACAAAAACAAAUGAGACAUAUUUUGGUGAACGUAGUCAAUCAGAAUUAAUAAAAAGAAAUAUAUCAAGUAGUAUUAUACCAAUAAGGACAAAUGGAAGUAUAGUAGAUGAAAAUGUAUUGAAAGACACAAGUUCAAUAAGUAAUAUCAAUGAGGAAGAUUUUUGUGAUGCAAAAGAAGCAAAAGAGAUAGAUAGUAAUAUUAUUCUUAAUAAAGAUAAUCAUAACUUUUUAAAUGUUGCAAAUUCUCCUAAAUUUAAUAUUAAAAAUACUUGGGAAAAAUUAAGUGGAUUUAUUUCAUAA